UCUAAACAGUAUUCUUUAUAUUCAUUUUUAACAUGGUUUUUUCGAAAGGCAGUGUAUGUAGCGCAAUCAAUUGCAGUAGUAAUAGGAAGAAGACACCACAUUUGUCAAUCUUCAAGUUCCCUAAGGACCCUGAGAGGAGCAAGACAUGGUUAAUAAAUAGUAGAAGACAGGACCUGGUGGAAAAAGAUGUCCUUUAUUUGCACAAUAACGUGAAGUUUUGUGCUAUACACUUCGAGUCAAACCAGUUCAUGAGCGCGGAAAAGAAGAGAUUGGUAUGGAAUGUAGUUCCUACGUUAUUUGACAUGCUGAAUAAGCCACAACUAGUGACGAUGAAGAGAAAAUUGCCAUACAAACGUGAAAGUGUUACUGCAAAAACAAUAAAACUGUCUCCUGACACAGAAGAAACGGCUACCACAAGUGUUCGUGCACGAGAGACAUAUAUAAAAUCACUAACAACGGAAUCUGCAACACAGACAUCAUUUGAAGAUGAAUUUUUUAGAUUACGUGAAAUUAUUCGCAUGUUGUAAAAACGUGUGAAAUGUAAAAACGUGCAAAUCAUUAGACUUCGUACAAAAUUACAAUGUGACAAGGAAAGUGCCCAUUGUAAGAAUAAACUGAAACCACAACGCCACAGGACACAAGUACAAAAGGACAAGCUCAUUUUAAAAAGAGUUGGUUCCAAGUACUUGAAAAAAGAUGCCCUCGAUUUAUUGAUAAGCCAAAUCGGUAUACCAUUGAAUGGAAAACCUGGUGCGAGAUGGAAAGAUGAAACUAAAUUAUUUGCACUUAAUUUGUUGUAUUAUAGUACUCAGGCAUACAGUUUUUUUAUCACACUGUUUUAGCCUUCCAUCAGUAUGUACCUUACAAAGGUAUGUGGAAGAUAUACAAUUAAACUGUGGGAUACAUAAUAACAUAUUUCAUCUUUUAAAGCAGAAAGUGCAGCAGUUACCAGAAACUGAUAUAGUCGUUAAUUUGUCUAUGGAUGACAGGUCACUAAUGGAAAUUUGAUAUAUGGCAGCUCUAGGGAUCAUGUUAUUGGAUUUGAAGACAUGGGUUUCAUACAUACACCUGUAGUUGCCAAUAAUGCAUUAGUUAUAAUGAUUAACAGCAUCUUCUCAAAUUUUAAACAGCCAUUAGUAUAUUAUUUCUCCAAAGGACCAAUAGGAGCUACCCAUCUGACACACACAUUUUUGAAGUUGUCAAAAAACUCGCAGAGAUUGGGUUGGUUGUAAAAACAUGUGUGACUGACCAAGGCACGAAUUUUGUGGAGUGGAGGCACAGACUGGGUAUCACACCAGUUAAUCCAUACUUAUUACAUGAAGGGAGUAAGAUCUACAUUUUUUAUGACACUCCACACUUGAUAAAAAGCAUACAUAAUAAUUUUUUCAGGUAUAACAUUAUCCACACAACAGAUGAAGGAUGGAUUGGCACUGCUUCAUGGAAGGACAUUUGUCAGUUGUACUCAAGUGAUUGUGAAAGGAAGUACAAGUUGGCCCCCAAGCUCACUAAAAGAGCUGUCCAACUGCCAGCAUUUUCAAAAAUGAAGGUAAGCACUGCAGUUCGUGUGUUGAGUCAUACAGUAGGAGCAGGCAUUGAGACACUUGUUACUUGACACAAUAUCGUCAUCUGCUACUGCUGAUUUUUGCAAAAAGUAAACGAUAUUUUUGACAUAUUUAAUGCAUAUAGUGUCAAAGGCCUGCAUCCUUAAGGAACUGCAUUACAAGUGCCUCAAGACAUUUGGAAAUAUUAAAGGCACUGAAGCCAUUGAUACAGUCAUGGAAAUUUGUAGAUGUUGUUGGGAAAGAUUUUUCAUCUACGAUUAAGUGUGUUAAAGGACUUCUGGGUAACAUAAGCGAUUUGAACAUGUUUGUUGAUGAUGUUUUGGAUGGAACCAAGUUAUAUUUAUUAACACGCAAAAAUAAUCAAGAUCCACUAGAAAACGUUUUCUCACUUAUAAGGCAUAAAGGUGGUUUUUGUAGCAACCCAUCACCAUGACAGUUUUGUGCUGCAUUUAAUAAUUGUGCUUUAAGCAAAUUAAUGAACACACACAGUGUAGCUACCUCCAAUUGUGAGGGGAUCAACUGGGGUCAGACAAUAGUGGAUAUGAAAGCAAUGUCCAAAUUAUUUGUUUCACCACUGCUGGACAUCAGUGACACGAGUUCAGUGAUCAGACUACCAAAUGUGGAAGUCCAAACAGACCUCGGAGAGGCAAACAGCAUGAGACACGUGUUUGGUUAUGUUUUAAAGAAACUGCUUACAAUUCAUGACUGUUAUAAAUGUAGGACAGUAUUUGUAGAUGGCAGCCAAGACUUUGAUGCAAAUGACAAAAUUUAUUGUCAUUUUAAAAGUUAUGAAGGCAACUUUGGAAGCCUAUUUAUUUGUACAGAAGAUGUCAAAGAAUUUUUAACUCAUUGUGAGACUAAGAUGACUUCUACUUUUGAUGAAUAUGCUCACAUAAGUAAUUGUGGUGCUUUCUUUGUGGACAUGUUGAUGGACAUGCCCAAUUUUCCACCUGGGUGCUGUGCUGAAACCAAGUUGCUGUUAAUAAGACUUUUUGUGAAAGUGAGGGUCUUUUACAUUAUUAAAUUCAGGAAUCAAGACUUAGUCUGUAGGAGCAAGAGAAGAAAUAAAAAAGUGAUGAAGCUGGCUCAUUUGGGUUGCUAAAA